GUUUCUUGGGAGUAUUUCCAUCUGCAGCAGAGCAGAGCAGUGCAGUGAUAAUCCGAUGUUUGUUAAUUUGAUGCGGUUUAGCUGGCAGCUGAAGCUCCUCCCAAAUUGCCCACCAACCGUCGCCAUUAAACAAAAUCAAUUUCUAUAACUUGUCGAGGAAAUCGAUCGUUCCUUCCUUCCUUCAUUAGGUUAAUCAAUUAUCACAUGCUGAGAUUUCGCAAAUCACGCUUCCCAAAUCAAAACACAAUAAAAAAAAAACAUAAUUUGAGGAAUACUCCAAGUCCAAAUAUAAAAGCAGCAGCAGAUCAGAGCAGAGCAGCUAUCAAAAUCCAAGAUCGCCAAGUCCAACAAAAAGAAGAGAAAGAGGCGUCAUCAACUUUAGUAGAAUCUCCAGUUCCAAUUUUCCAUGGCGACCUUGGCGCGCGUCUCCCUCCCCUCUGUCCUCCUCACGCUGCGGCAUGGCGCAACCACCCAGGGCUUCGCGGCGGCGAGGCCGGCGGCGGUAGUGGCAAAGAGGUUGCUCGGAUCCGUCAGAUGCGGCGGCGCCGCCGAGGCCUUGGGCGCGGACAUGGCGGUGCCGCGGUCGGUGCCGGUGCGCGUCGCCCACGAGCUGCAGCAGGCCGGACACCGCUAUCUCGACGUCAGAACCGAGGGUGAGUUUGCAGGUGGGCAUCCAGUUGGAGCUGUAAACAUCCCAUAUAUGUACAAAACCGGCUCAGGACUGACAAAAAACACACAUUUUCUUGAGAAAGUGUCGACUACCUUUGGGAAGGAGGAUGAGAUCAUCGUUGGAUGCCAAAGUGGCAAGAGAUCCCUCAUGGCAGCAUCUGAACUCUGCUCUGCUGGUUUUACUGCUGUCACCGACAUCGCCGGUGGAUUUUCUGCCUGGAAGGAGAAUGAACUCCCAACCAACAAGUGACGUUGGCCUGAAAGAUUUUCUGCGUUUCUGAAACCUAAUAAUCUGCAGAUGACUUCACGCUCCACGGCUGUACGCCUGUACACUAUGUGGUCUUCUCAAAUGUGAGGCAUCAGAAGAAUACUGAAUAAAUGGAUUUUGAAGGGAUGAAUGGUGCUAGUUUAGAGACUAGGGUUUUAUUAUGUUUAAUUUGCUGUCCUGUCACCCCUUCCAUGUUACCUUUCAUGUUAAUAAACUUUCUUGGCAACAUGACAAUGGCACCUUGCAGUGACUGCAGAUGUAUGAUGAAAAUACUGUUGCAGAUUCCUUUCCAAAAAAAAAAAAAAA